UUAAUGUUUGCCAUUAUCUCCGCCAACCGGCAAAUUCGUCGCCAAAUUCAUCUCAAAUGCGGUACUCGGUAAAGCGUGCUGACUAAAAGCUUGUAAAAACGACAAAGAAAGGUUUUAAGAUUUAAAUGGCAAAUACUUUGCAACACGUACGAAUAUUUCUCCUUUUGGAGAUAAUAUUGACAGUUCAAUCCAGCGCAGUGCCUCUAACACAGAAUGAGCUUCAAGGGAUUGCUAACUCGCUAGAAAUUCGAGUAAAAGUCGUUGAUAACCUUCUUCAUGAAUUUAAAAGCCACAUCGUCCAAACGUUCAUAAAAAACUCCGGACAAUUGCCAAUACCCGACUCCGGUUGGACGCUAUACUUUCAUAGCAUGCUUGCAGCAUUUCCUGACAUAUUGCUACAGGAAGGAAACAAAACAGUGGACUUUGAUAUUGAGAAAGUCCGAUUUGGUUUAGUGCAAGGAGAUUUGUAUUACAUGAAACCGAUCGAUGGUUUUGUUCCUAUAAAACCGGGAGAAGAACGAAUCUACAAUGUAAUUGUAAGUUUUUGGGCUGUGUCCAGAACGGAUUUCAUGCCUUUAUGGUAUGUAGUGUCAGAGGAUGAAAGUGUUGACCCAUGCAUUGUCCAUUCUACUUCAUCUUUCGACCUUGAUUACGUUGAACCUUUUAAAGACCCCAGACAGUGGAAACGAUGGAGAGCAGACCAAUAUAAUCCUUACACACCGGAGGAAAGGCUAACUAGACUCAAGUUUAAUGAAACUGGAGAGACAAAGCUGAUUAUCCCUACACCGAAAAACAUAAGAGUUGAUGAGACAGUCAAGCUAAGUUCAGUAAAUACGUCCUGGGGAAUACUUGUCGAUGCAAUACAAUUCAACGAGACAGCUAUAUUUCUAAAAGAGCUAUACGGUUUCAAGUUUAUUUCCAAUGAGUCCUCAAAUUCGAUUGUAUUCUCGAGGAACACCACAUUCUCAAAACAGGGAUACAGUAUUAUUGUAUCACCUAGGCUGAAUAAGAUAUUUCUUCAGAGCAAAUCCACACAAGGAAUGUUUUACGCAAUCCAAUCACUGCGAGCCAUUCUUGAAGAAUACAACAGCACCAACAUUCCGGCUAUAGUGAUCGAGGACGAACCGAGGUUCGAAUGGCGAGGAAUGCAUUUGGACGUUGCAAGAAAUUUUCGCUCAGUUGGCGACGUGAAGAGACUGAUAGAAGCCAUGGCGAUGUAUAAGAUGAACGCCUUGCAUCUGCACCUGACAGAUGAUGAGGGGUGGAGGGUGGAGAUAGAGGGUCUUCCAGAGCUUACUGACGUUGGCGGAAAACGAUGCCAUGAUUUGAAUGAAACGCGUUGUGUCAUCCCUCAGUUCGGAUCGGGACCAUUUGCAAACUCCUCAGGAUCUGGGUAUUAUACAAAAAACGACUAUCGAGAUAUUCUCAAAUUUGCAAGCAAGCAUUUUGUCACAGUUAUACCGGAGAUUGAUAUGCCAGGCCAUAGUCAUGCUGCAGUUGUUUCGAUGGAACAAAGGUACCACAAGUAUAUUGACGCUGGAAACCGAGCUGCUGCAGAAAAGUUCCGAAUUAUAGAUCCCGAUGAUACAACUUUUUACACAUCUGUUCAAAACUGGAGAGACGAUGUAAUGAAUCCAUGCAUGGAAUCUACAUAUGCCUUUAUUGGAAAAGUAAUGGAUGGAAUAAAAGCGCUGCAUGAGGGCGUUCAACCACUUUUGAUUUAUCAUUUUGGUGGGGACGAGGUACCUCACGGUGUUUGGUCAAACUCAAACAAAUGCGGAGAACUCUUUCGGCAGAAUGCUGCAUUGAAUGUCACACAUGGCUUAAAGAACUAUUUUGCGAAGCGAAUUGCCGUCUUGGCCGUUAUGAAAAAUAUGUCUCUUGGGGGAUGGGAAGAUGGGUUUAUCGACGGACGACAGCCACCGGCACCAUUACCUACAGACCAAAUGCCUGGGUUGGAGCUAUACGUUAAUCCUUGGAACAACAUCUGGGAAUGGGGCGGCGGCAGUAACGCUUAUAAAUACGCCAAUGCUGGAUAUAAGGUUAUACUAACGCCAGGUACAAAUCUUUAUUUUGACCAUCCACAAGAGCCGGACCCUGAAGAAAGAGGGCUAUAUUGGGCGACACGGUUCACAGACACCAAGAAAGUUCUUAAAUUUAUGCCCGAUGCGUUUUAUGACAAUAUAUUUGAAGAUCGAGGUGGAAAUCCUUUAUCAAAGGAAGAUGUGUGCGGAGCAAAUAUGUCUAAAUGUACUCGAUUGGAGAAACCAGAAAAUAUUAUAGGAAUUCAAGGAGCUUUGUGGAGUGAGACGGUGAGGACAAGUGAAAACAUGGAUUUUAUGAUAUUUCCCCGCUUGCUGGCUUUAGCUGAGAGAUCAUGGUAUAAGGCUGGGUUUGAGAGUACUCCUAAACAUGACGAAGCGUUUGUCAGGGAAUGGAGCGCAUUUGCAAAGGCUGUUGGGUCCAGGGAGUUCCGGCGUUUGAAUGAAAUGAACAUCGCAUUCCGCAUUCCACCUCCUGGUGGCAGAGAGCUAAAGGAUGGAAGUGUGCAAGUAACUACUACUUACCCUGGUCUUGGCGUUGAAAUAAGCAAAGAUAAUGGACAUUCUUGGCAAAUGGUACAACAAGAUCUGAUUAACAAUGAACAUCGAGGUGUUUCCAUCUCUCUUUCCGGGUCCGGUUGGAAGUCAAUUCUACUUCGAUCUACAUUCAGGUCUUCUGGGCAAAUCCGCGUGAGUCGCCCUGUUGAGCUGACCGCCGUGGUUGGGCGUGACGGUCCGGCGGGGUCCGCAAAUCCUUUAAAUCCACAUAUCUCACCAUAGUUGUCAAUAUCUUUUUCUUAUGUAUGCUCGGGCGUUUUGUUUCACAACGAGUGUUGUUUAAGUUGUUGCUUCUUUUAACUACAGUUGUGUCACGUAAAGAUACUAAGAUGCUGAUUAACAAUUUAUGCGUACAUAUGCAUUUGACUUGUACAUCUUUAUCUUAUAAAUGAGAAGCUUGAUGUAUAUAAUACAAUAGUGCGUGUUUGUAAUGUAAACCAUUGGCAAAAUGAUUGAUGGCGUUUUUAACAAUAAUGCUAUCUUGAUGCAUUUGUGGUCUGUGUGUUGUGUUUGUACAUUUGACGUCUGCUCGCUCAGUGUCGUUUGGCCCUAAACAGGGUUUUUAUAUAUACUGGGUUUUUUGAGUACUGACGUAAACUACCAUGAAAUUGCUGAUUCAAUUGUUGCUUAAUGGAAUUACUAACCCAAUCAUUGUUAUAUGAACUUAUUGGUUUAAUAGUUGCUGUAUGCCAUAACUGAUUCAAUAGAUGUUAUAAAGACUACGGUUAUAAUAAUAACGGCCUAUUGUUUUGUGUUUGAAAUGGGUUAUAGUUCAUGUUUUACGGUUCUGUAGUGGUACAUGUGUAAAAUAUAUGCAAUCAUAAAGAAACCAUACUAAAGAUAAGUGUUUGAACUUUCACAUGUGAAAUACCUAAUCAUGCUUAAUUCAAUAAAUGAAUUGUAAUUAUAUUUGUUAUUAUCUGUCACAUGAAUGAACAACUGUUUAUGUGUGUUUAAAC